CAACACUUGAUGAAGAAUUUUUGUUUUGAUUUUUGUAAAAAAAAAAUACUUAUUGCAAAAAUUUUAAACAAAUCUUUACUGCUUUUGCGUCGCAUUUAUUCCAACACUGCUUAGCAACAGCAAUGACGCUAAGCCCUCGUGAAUCUGGCGAACACAUCGUCAAAAAUGCCAAAUACUUAACUGUGCUUCCAGAUGGGAUUGAGAAACUGGCAAAGGAAAUAAUUUCUUCUAUACAGACUGGACAACUCAGUCCGAAUAAUUUCUCCCAAAAUGAUAUUCACCCAAAGGCCACCGAUCCGCAUGCCAUUGAAUGGAUUUUUGUAGUUGAUACGCUAAAUUUUUGCUUUUGGACGCCAACGGACCAUACGAAAUAUAAGGUAAACGGUUGUACGGGUUACUUUGCACUAUGCGCUGCCAUAAAUCGCGCUAUGGAUGAGGGCAUAGACAUCACCAAUGCGACGUAUUAUUCUAAAAUUGAUGCCGAAACAUUGCGUCAGGUUUUCCGUCCAGAUGAUGGUCAGACGUCUAUCCCGCUUUUUGAACAGCGCAUCGCGUGCUUACAUGAAGUGGGAACACGAUUAUUGGAAAAAUGGCAGGGCAAGUUUCAGAAUGUUGUGCGCGCCGCCAAUAAUUCUGCAUCCCGUUUACUGGAACUGAUCAUCAGCGAGUUCCCUUGCUUUCGCGAUGAAGCUGUCUAUGAGGGACGACGCGUAUCAUUAUAUAAGCGUGCCCAAAUUUUAAUCGGCGAUAUAUGGUCGUGUUUUGGCGGCAAGGGUCCAGGAGCCUUUAAUGACCUUGAGAAAAUUACUAUGUUUGCCGACUAUCGUGUGCCACAAGUGUUGAUACAUUUUGGUAGUUUGGAAUACAAGCCAGAAUUACUCAAUGAAUUAACCAGUGAGACAAUUUUGGAGAAUGGUGAUGCGCGUGAGGUGGAAAUACGUGGAGCCUCUAUUUACAUUGUUGAACAAGUGAAGGACGCAAUUUUGGAAAAACUCGCCAAAAAGGAAAUUGAGCUCAAUAAAGAGUAUGUAAAUUCCAUAUUGAUUGACCACUUUCUGUGGGACUACCGACGCAAGCAUGCAGCAGAAUUGGAGCACAUACCAUUUCAUAAAGUACUAAGUGUUUACUACUAAAAAUUGUGUGCAUUAUAAAUAUUCCAACAAAUAUACCACUUUUUGUAUAAAAUUUUA